AUGGUCGUCUCUGAAUCGUCGAAGCCUCUCGCAUUUGCCGUGGCAUCUUGGCUUCAUAGUCAGGAAGAUGCACAACUGAAGAAGGCAGCAGACUCUGUGUGCGAAGCAUGUGGCUUUGACACGUCCUCUUCAGCUGACAAGGAUAAGUACGCUAAGAACUCGCCAGGUUUGCAGGCCAUCUUUGAUGUGUUUGUCAAGACGCAGCAGAAAAUGAACAACACUAAGGAUUCAGGAGCUGUGUCGGACUCUGGUGCGAAUGUUGAUACCAAACACGUGUCUGAGGAGGAUUCGAGCAAGGCGGAGUCCUUGAAGAAUGACGGCAACAAAUACAUGUCCGCCAAGGAUUACGGAGCCGCUCUGGAUUCGUAUACAAAGGCCAUUGAACUAAACCCAUAUUCGCCCGUAUUUUAUUCGAAUCGCGCUGCUGCCUAUAGCCAAAUUGGCCAGCAUGAUGAGGCUAUUGCUGAUGCGAGGAAGGCUGCUGAAAUCAAUCCUACGUUUGGCAAGGCGUAUAGUCGUUUGGGACAUGCGCUGUUUGCUUCGGGGCAGUUUGCCGAGGCUGUCAAGGCUUAUGAAAAGGGUGUCGAAGUGGACCCAUCGAACAAGCUGAUGAAGUCAGGCUUGGAGGCAUCGAAGGCUAAGCUCUCGGACUCCAGCAGUGGGAACAAGGAUGCGCUUGCGACGCAAGCGCCAUCGAAUGGCUCGAAUGCGGAUCCUCUCGCUGGUGCUGGCACUGGCACUGGUGCUGGUGCUGGUGGCAUGCCCGAUCUCAGCACUCUGAUGAACAACCCUAUGGUUGCUCAGAUGGCACAGCAGAUGAUGCAAAAUGGCGGCCUUGAGCAACUAAUGAACAACCCUAUGUUGCGCCAGAUGGCGGAGAACUUUGGAUCCAGUGGUCAGAUGCCCGAUGUUCGAGCAAUGAUGAACAACCCACAACUCCGUCAGAUGGCCCAGCAGUUUAUGGGUGGUAUGGGCGGUGGUGCACCCCGUCAUUAA